CUCGUCUAACUUAACGGAUAGCAUCGCAACUCGACCAUUUCCAACCACAGCGCAAGAUAUUACCGUUGAGAAUAUGGUUUCCAUGAUCAAGAUCCAUGGCGCCGGGGUGGCAGCCGUUGCCGUGCUCCUCCUGGUCGCCAUGCUCCCUUCCCAUGCGUCUACGACCAUGGACGAGCCGGCCGUGUACAAGCACGCGGCUCCAGCUCCGUCGCCGACGUCGCCGGCCAAGGCCCAACCGGUGAUCAUGGUCCAGGGCGUCAUCUUCUGCAAGACCUGCAAGCUCCCUGGCUACAACCGUGACAUCGACGCCUCGCCUCUCCCCAACGCGACAGCGAAGCUGGUGUGCUACGGCGGCGGCGGCAAGAGCGGCGGCGCGUACAGGGUGCUGAACAUGACGAGCACGCCGACGGACAAGACCGGCUACUUCCUGUUCAUGGUGUACGACGUGGCCAUGUUCAGCCGGGAGAGCUGCAGGGUGUACCUCCGCACGUCACCCACGGCGCGUUGCGACGCGCCGUCCCUGCCGGCCGACGCCUCGCUGGGGAUCGUGCUCGAGCAGUCGGAGAAGAAGAAGAACGUCUACAGCUCCAAGAGCGUGCUCAUGUACGCGCCGCGCAAGGGCCGCAAGUGCCCGCGUCACUACUGAGACUUGCGUACGUGUGUGAUGAGAUGGAUGCUGGAAUGCACGAGUGCUGUGAGGGACGCUAGUGAUGUUUGAGGUAGGCUCGCACGUAGUCGAAGGCAAUAAUAAGAAGAGAUUGUUGUCGCGCGUAGGUUUCCUUAAUUUCAGUAGAGGAUCGAUCGUAGUUUCAUGUUGGCCGUUGGAGCGGUUGCUCUUCCAUGUGUGACUGUGUGUAACGUCUCCCUUUGUCAGUUUGUUGUUUCGUCGACGAGUUAAUGAGUUAAUUUGGUCA